AUGUACCUGCCUCUGCUUUCAUGUCUACACAGUAACCAGUUUGAGCCCGGCCUGAAACCUUGUGCAAUAGUCAACAGCAAUACUACCACAGACAAGCUCAUAGUGUUUAAUCAGGCUUUAUUAGCCAAUGCUAGAAUUACCACAAAAAGCAUGAAUAUAAAACUUCAAAAAUCAGUCUUGCUAGUAGCUUCAUUCAAAAAGAUUACACAGGACAAAUUGUGGUAUUUGGUAAAUUGUAUUUUACAAAAAAGAAAGUUUUUAUCUCAUGAUACAAAUCCCCCACAAGAAAGAGUAGCUUCUAUAAAAUGA